GAGGACUUGAGAGUGUGAGGAGGGAGUUCCCAAAGUUUUCAAAGAGGGUGGCACACAUCGUACUUCUAAAUGUGUUCGCAUAGCCUCAUGACACACACAGUAACACGCACACGGUUGUUCAAGUUAAGAUGCAGGCACGGACUAGUGUGUUGGUUUAUCAGCAGAGGUGUUUCUUGACAUGUUCGUGUUUCAUUAACUUAACUUGCUUGGUCUAAUGGUGGACUUUGGACCUGAAGGGAAGGAGAGGCUGGACGAGAAGAGAGGAGAAGAGAAGAGAAGAGAAGAGGAGAGAAGAGAAGAGAAGAGAAGAGAAGGACAACUCGUUGACAGGAAGGAUAUGAAGAAUGGGAUAGAAAAAGCAAUGAGCAAACCCAAACUUCCAGUUGAGGAGAUGGACUGAGGCGAGCCAGACAGACAGAGAGGACAAAACAGUGAAUGGACAUGGGCAGAGAGCGACUCACCCUGGGGUUGCUGCUGCGCUUGGGUAUUCUGGUCACUGCUGUGUGUGUGUGCGCUCAUGUUUACCUGGAGACAGGUUGGCAGGGAGCACCUGCACCCCUGGUUUUGGGACAUCCCAUCCAGUCUAAUCAGAACUUGGGCCAACAAAGCAAAACCAAACAGGUGUCUGCAGAGACGGAGGAGAGGGACAGGAGUAUUAAAAGGAGAAUCUCCUAUGUUCGAACGCUAAAGAAAGACAGUCCAGCUAGGAAGAGGGAUGAAGACAGAGAGGUCCCCUCACCUCCAUGCUGCCCGGCUCUCCGCCCACACAGGAAGAACCCUCGGUGGCACAUAGACCUUGAGCCAUGGGCCGGCGAGAGUCAUUCUCUGGAGGAAGAAGCUAAAAGGUUCCUCAACUACAUCACAACACCACAAGUGUUGUGUUCAUCAUUGGCUGGUGAAGAAGCUGCUCAAGAGGGGCCGACGGGUGCCUGGGCUGUGUGCCUGGAUCCGAAGUAUAGCCUGACCCACAGGAUACAAAGCAAACACUGCAGGAUCUACUCUUUUGGGUUGGGGGUGGACGACCGGUCCCUGGAGCAUUUCCUCGCCAGGUCAGGAUGUGAGGUCCACUGCUUCGAUCCCAGCCUGAAGCAGCCUCACCUGCAGCAGGCUGAGAUGUGGCUCCAUCGCCUCUCUGUAGACUGGAGGGAUCCAAACCCUGCCAUUGUCGCUCAGCGUCAGUACGCCAACACAAAAAAACUUGCCACCAUCCUUAAUGACUUUGGACACAGACAGGUGGAUGUGCUAAAGGCAGAUAUGGAGAGCGCAGAGUGGAAGAUUUUGGAGAAUCUGGUUCUGGAAGGAGUUUUGGACUCAGUGGGUCAGUUGCUGUUGGAGCUUCACCUGCACUGGGCGGGUUUUGAGGUGGGUGGCGAUGACCCGUCCGUGGUGCGGUACUGGUUCAGCCUGCUCAAGGAGCUGGAACACGCCAACUUCCGCCUCUUCCAUGUCCACAGCGACCCAGCCAAACCGCACCUCUUCCUGCAUAAGAAUAUCCUCAACGCCAGCAGUGCGUACACCUUGAGCUGGGUGAACACACAGUGGAAGCCUUGAGGGAUGCCGGACUGAUGGCAAUCAAAUGGGUGUAGCCAGAAAAAGAACUUGGCUGGAAUGGCCUCUGAACGGAAAUGCACAAGUUUGUGUAACAUGGAAUUUUCAGUGUGAGCGCAAAUUCUUGCUAGAGGAUGCCUGUUCUCCAACAGACCGUUCUUAUCUGGCUUGACAAUUCUGUAAAGCUAAAAUCUCUGCUCCUACUUAUCCUCCUGCUCUCCCUCUCCUGGCCUGUAAUGACCUCAGUCAUCUAGAGGGGCAGAGAAAUUGCCUCCAGAGGCUGUCUGUUCUACCUCAUAGUGGCUGUGUCGUUGGCUGCAGGUCAGCCUCUGAGUCACACUCACCCAUGUCAUCGUGGCCCUCUCUGGACUUGGCCCAAAGCCCGACGGUCAUGCCUGCUAUUAGACAACCUUUCUAGAUUACACUAGUCUACACAGAGCCAGAGACCACAACCCCCAAAAUAGUACAUGGAUACAUGAUGUCAAAGGGGUAGGUAGAAGUGAAGAGAUGGGAUCUGCUCUGGAAGUGGAAGAUAAUAACUGUCUGGACAAAUAGAUGCCUCCCUGCAGUUGAACCUCGUAUAACUGUCUAGAACACAAAAUGCAACAAUUAUGUGAAGAACUGCAUUGUAAUGUGUCUCGACUCGUACACAGUGUGUUUGCUGGAUAUCUGAAUAAGGAUAUGUGGGCGAGCAUGAGAGAAAAAGACAAAAAGGAAAGAUGAGAAAGAGAACUCCAAUUAUUAUUUUUUUUGCAUAUUGCAGUUUCCUGGGUUAUAGUAGGAAACAAUAAUUCAGAUCCACACAAAAAAAGCAUUUCAUGUUACUGUCAGGUCUUUUUAUCCUUUAGUCUUCUACUGGUGUGCAGUUGGCCCAUCUCCAUUAUCUGGGUCGCACCAGAAAAUCAAACAAAUCAACAAAUUUCAUCUCAAAAUGUAGCACUAGGCAAAUAUCAUUUCAAAAAUUAUCCAACUAAUGAAAUUUGCCAAAGCCUUUGAUGCAGUUUAAU